CGGAAAUAUCGCACCUCUAUCGCGGUAAUCUCGCAGCAGCGGGAUAGCAGGCCCGCGCUUGCUGGCGGUGGUCGCAGUGAAAACAUCGUUGUCUUCAAGUCGGCAGCCAAUCUGGGCCAGAUUGAGAUGACCAGCGAUUCGCCAAUGGGCUUCGUGUUCAAAUUGCUCAUCAUAGCGUUCUGGUCUCAAGUGACGCCACUCCGAGACGCCUUAGGAGCACCGCAGAGAGUUGGAAGGUCCUUCGUGAUCGACUACAAGAACAACCGCUACCUGAAGGAUGGCAAGCCGAUACAGAUUGUGUCUGGGUCCAUCCAUUCCUUCCGUUCACUCCCUCAGCAAUGGGACGACCGCUUGUCAACAAUGAGGGCUGCUGGACUCAACGCAAUACAAACCUACGUGGAGUGGAGCAGCCACGAACCUGAGGAGGGAGUGUUCAACUUUCAAGGACAACAGGACAUCGUCCGCUUCCUGAGGCUGGCGCAGAAGCAUGACCUGCUCGUCCUGCUCAGGCCUGGACCUUACAUUGAUUCAGAGAGAGAUAUGGGGGGCCUGCCUUACUGGUUGCUGUCGGCGGACCGUUCAAUAGGCCUCCGAACCAGUGACCCACGUUACCUCGAUUAUGUGCAUCGAUACUUUUCUAAGCUUCUACCACUCAUUCAUCCUCUACUGUACGCCAACGGAGGACCUGUCAUUGCUGUUCAGGUGGAAAACGAAUACGGUAGUUAUGCAGCGUGUGAUUACGUAUACACUGCCUAUCUACGUGACAUUAUGCGCCACUACUUGGGCGAUGACGUUAUCUUCUACACGACGGACGGCGACAAUGACAAAUACUUGAAAUGUGGGAAGCUUGAUGGCGCCUAUACGACGGUGGAUUUUGGCACAGGCAGCGACGUCGGCGAAGCGUUCGCUGUGCAGCGGCGACACCAGGAGCGGGGUCCUCUGGUCAACUCGGAAUACUAUACGGGCUGGUUGGACCACUGGGCUGAACCUCACUCGGUCGUGAGCACAAGCGUCUUCGUGAGCCAGUUGGACAAGAUGCUCAACAUGAAUGCCUCUGUCAACAUGUUUGUCUUCCACGGAGGCACGUCAUUUGGAUACAAAUCAGGAUCCAAUCUGCUCGACCACUUCCAUCCAAUUAUUACCAGCUACGACUUUGACGCACCGAUCUCAGAGGCCGGUGAUCCAACGGACAAGUUCUACGCUAUACGGAAAACAAUUGCGAAGUAUCUGCCACUGCCACCAGGACCCGUUCCGAAACCCAGACGAAAAAUGAGUCUUGGACCAUUCAAGCUUAAAAGACUGUUUGGCCUGAGUGAGCUCCGAGAGAUGCUCUCAGGAGACACCAAAACGUCAGAACAUCCUGUGACGUUCGAGGAAAUUAGGCAGAGUCAAGCGCUGGUGCUGUAUGACACAUUUCUGUCGUUCCUGCCCCGGGACCCUGGACGGCUCAGUGUGCCUGGACUGCGGGACCGCGGAUACGUCUACGUAAAUGACCGCUACCAAGGUGUUAUUUCCCGCAUGGACAACGUGUUCGACAUCAUGGUGUCCAUAAGCAAGGGCCAAAGACUUUCUUUGCUGGUCGAAAGUCAAGGAAGAAAUGCCUACGGUAACCUCAACGAUGCGAAAGGAAUCGUUUCGAAUGUGACUUUUUCUGGAAUCGUACUCACUCACUGGAACGUCACUCCCAUCGACGAACGAAAGGUACUGCCAAGAAAAUUUGCGACUAUACCACAGGAGACACACUGCCCUCCUGGUUUUGCUGCUUAUGAGGCAAGGUUUCCAUUGAAAGUGUCCCCGCCACUGGACACAUUCUUGAGGCUGGACCACUGGAAAAAGGGUGCAGCCUUCUUAAAUGGCUUCAAUCUUGGUCGAUACUGGACGCCCAUGGGACCUCAGAAGACGCUGUACGUACCCUCCGUGCUCUUCGAGACAGAGAACGUCCUGAACGUUAUCGAGCUUGAACAAGCGCCAUGCUCGGACUACUCUACUGCCGAAUUCGUGGACACACCCGAACUAAACGCAACAGUACCCCUCUUCGCUAGUGCUGCAUUGAAAAAGAGCGGUAAAUAAAACUUUUCAAAUGAA